AUGAUGGCGAAUUCAUCAAGUGUUGGAUCAGUAUGCGACAGUUCUACGUUGGCAAUGAGUAAGUCUCGAACGCGACGUCAGAAAGCAAACACUCGAGAACGGAAUCGAAUGCACGGCCUUAAUCAGGCCUUGGAUAAACUUCGGCAACGUGUCCCUAUCACUACGCAGCAUCAAAAAUUAUCAAAAAUUGAAACUCUACGAUUGGCGAGGAACUAUAUCGCUGCUUUGAAUCAUAUUUUGGACAACAACAUGCAACCAAGUCCUUUAGAAUAUGCAAAUAUGUUAAGCAAUGGAAUGAGUCAAACGACAACCAAUUUGAUAGCUACACUACUAAACGUGCCACCACGUUUACUGGCUCUUACUCAACAGCAGCGUUACAAACAUGAUCAAAAUGGAUACAAUUUUUAUAACUCUUUUUAAUCAUCGGAUGCAGCAAGUAGUAUUAAUGAUGCCCACAAAAGAGAGAGUAAUAGAGGAAUACAUUCCUUACAUUCUCCUUCUGCAAACCAAUCACAGCUCUCGACCUCAGUUCAUAUGUCAUCAUUCUCUGAAAUACACUAA